CUAUUACGCUCUCUCUCCCCACACCAUAAAACUCAAACCCAAUCUCAAAAGCUUCUUCACUCACACAAUGUCGGGUAAAGGAGAAGGUCCAGCUAUCGGAAUCGAUCUCGGCACCACCUACUCUUGCGUCGGAGUAUGGCAACACGACCGCGUUGAGAUCAUCGCUAAUGAUCAAGGUAACAGAACCACCCCCUCUUACGUCGCCUUCACCGACUCCGAGAGGUUGAUUGGUGAUGCCGCCAAGAAUCAAGUCGCCAUGAACCCCAUCAACACCGUCUUCGAUGCAAAGAGAUUGAUUGGUCGGAGAUUCAGUGACGCAUCAGUCCAAAGCGACAUGAAGCUAUGGCCUUUCAAGAUCAUCCCUGGCCCAGCAGACAAGCCAAUGAUUGUCGUCUCUUACAAAGGAGAAGAGAAGCACUUCGCAGCCGAGGAGAUCUCCUCCAUGGUUCUCAUCAAGAUGCGUGAGAUCGCCGAAGCUUACCUUGGCGUCACCAUCAAGAACGCUGUGGUCACUGUCCCAGCCUACUUCAACGACUCUCAGCGUCAAGCUACAAAGGACGCUGGUGUCAUCGCUGGUCUGAACGUGAUGCGUAUCAUCAACGAGCCGACUGCUGCGGCUAUUGCUUACGGUCUUGAUAAGAAGGCGACGAGCGUUGGGGAGAAGAACGUUUUGAUUUUUGAUCUCGGCGGUGGUACUUUUGAUGUCUCGCUUUUGACUAUCGAAGAAGGUAUCUUUGAGGUGAAGGCUACUGCUGGAGACACUCAUCUCGGUGGUGAGGACUUUGACAACAGAAUGGUUAACCAUUUUGUUCAAGAGUUUAAGAGGAAGAGCAAGAAGGAUAUUAGCGGUAACCCCAGAGCUUUGAGGAGGUUGAGGACGGCUUGUGAGAGAGCGAAGAGGACUCUUUCCUCCACUGCUCAGACCACCAUCGAGAUUGACUCUCUCUUUGAGGGGAUUGAUUUCUACUCUGCUCUCACGCGUGCUAGGUUCGAGGAGCUCAACAUGGAUCUCUUCAGGAAGUGUAUGGAGCCUGUGGAGAAGUGUCUGCGUGAUGCUAAGAUGGACAAGAGCACGGUCCAUGACGUUGUCCUCGUCGGUGGCUCCACCCGUAUCCCCAAAGUUCAACAGCUUCUCCAAGACUUCUUCAAUGGCAAAGAGCUCUGCAAGAGCAUUAACCCCGACGAGGCUGUGGCUUAUGGAGCGGCUGUUCAGGGUGCUAUUCUAAGCGGUGAAGGGAAUGAGAAGGUGCAAGACCUUCUUCUGCUGGACGUGACUCCUCUGUCCCUCGGUCUCGAAACCGCCGGUGGAGUUAUGACGACCUUGAUCCAGAGGAACACUACCAUCCCGACCAAAAAGGAACAGGUCUUCUCCACUUACUCUGACAACCAGCCUGGUGUUUUGAUCCAAGUCUACGAAGGUGAGAGAGCCAGGACCAAGGACAACAACCUCCUCGGGAAGUUCGAGCUCUCUGGCAUCCCUCCUGCUCCACGUGGUGUUCCUCAGAUCACUGUCUGCUUCGACAUUGACGCGAAUGGUAUCCUCAAUGUCUCUGCGGAGGACAAGACCACGGGGCAGAAGAACAAGAUCACCAUCACCAACGACAAGGGUCGCUUGUCUAAGGACGAGAUAGAGAAGAUGGUGCAAGAGGCUGAGAAGUACAAGUCUGAGGAUGAGGAGCACAAGAAGAAGGUUGAAGCCAAGAAUGCGCUUGAGAACUACGCUUACAACAUGAGGAACACGAUCCGCGAUGACAAGAUUGGUGAGAAGCUUCCUGCUGCGGACAAGAAGAAGAUUGAGGAUUCUGUUGAGGAGGCGAUCCAGUGGCUCGAUGGGAACCAGACGGCUGAAGCUGACGAGUUUGAAGACAAGAUGAAGGAGCUGGAGAGCGUGUGCAAUCCGAUUAUUGCUAAGAUGUAUCAAGGAGCUGGUGGUGAAGCAGGUGGCCCCUCUGGUAUGGAUGAUGAUGAAGCUCCUCCUUCUGCCGGAGGUGCUGGCCCCAAGAUUGAGGAAGUCGACUAAGCCUCUGGUGCAUUCUUUUGCCUUGAUGGUUUGAAUUUCAAGUGUUGUUUGGUUUUAUGUUUUGCUUUAUUUCUGAGCUAUGUAGUACUCUGGAACCUUUUCUAUAUUUCUAAUUAAGUUGCAGUUUCGAACUUGGCUGAUAUUAGUCUCA